GCUUUAAGAAGCGCGGACGGCGCUUGGAGAUGGUUCACUCGCUCUCUCGACCAGCUCGCUUUAUAUACUACUGCUAAAUUUAGGCCAUUUACUCGCGUACGAUUCUCAUCCUGGACGUGUUUCCUGAGCCAACUGCAAUUGGUUCAAGUUCUCGGCAAACUUGCUGAUAUCCUACCAAUCGCAGGCUCCCGCUGAACAACUUUAAACCAGUACUGUACUUAAUCCGAGCUCGCAGUCCCCUCUGCUAGAACUUUUGGAGACUCUUGUUUUAAAAGCGAGUAGCAGCUGGGAGCCCCAUUUUUCCAUGCAAACCUUCUCCUACUGAAGUCAACCAGUUCGGGUUUUGAGAGGCAGAUAUGGCUCUGAGCGGCACCAUCCUGCCAUCCAUUUCUACAUUCGCAGCCCCCAAGACCUGGGACAGACAGGAGUCUUGCAAUAAAUGGAAAAACGACCCGGGCCUGAAGCAGCCUCAGAAUCACUGCCCCAUGACGGAUUUUAUACAAUAUUUGGAGAACUUCACGCGGGCCAACGAUACAGAUGAUGACCUGAGCUUGCUGGAUGUGGAUUUUAUUCUCUCCAACACCAUGUGCAGUGAGCCUGCCGGGGGAGCGGAGUAUCAUCUGGCUGAAGGAGGAGAUGUCAACCCUUUCUACGAGAAGAGUAACUCCCUGGCGUACAGCGUGCCCGAGGUUGGGGAGCCUCCUGCCUACAGUAUGAUGGCCGAGCUAAUGCGCUCGGACACGGACUACAACGCGGUGCAGGGCCGCUUCGUGCUCACCCCGGUCUACCCCAGCCAGGAGUUGGCCAAACCUGCCAAGAGUGAGCCGGGUUUGGAUGGUUACGGUCACGGUGGGGUGAGCAUGGAGCCAGAGCCGGCCUGCCUCCGGGUUAAACGGGAGGACGCCGUGUCUUGCCUGGUGGGUUACAACGAGCAGCAGCGGCAGCGCCUGGGUAGCUCCCCGCAGGCCGGGGGCAAUGUGACACCCCCCCUCAGCCCCGGGGACCUAAUGAACUCCGGGGAAUGCCAACAACAACAACAGCAGCAGCCCCCACCUCUCUGCCACCCCAGCAGGAUGCUGUACCAGCCCAGCUACCCCUUCCCUCAUCAGCACCUCCACUACCCCAACCAGUACGGCCUCUUCGAUGACCCGGUACCCCUGCAGCCUUCCCCGGCUCAGAGGGUCAUGCUGACUCCGCCGUCGUCCCCCCUCGAACUUCUUGACAGCAAGCCCAAGAGAGGCCGGCGAUCCUGGCCCAGGAAGAGGACAGCUACCCACACCUGUAGCUACGCCGGCUGCGGAAAGACCUACACCAAGAGCUCUCACCUGAAGGCACACCUCCGGACACACACAGGUGAGAAGCCAUAUCAUUGCACCUGGGAAGGAUGCGGCUGGAAAUUCGCCCGUUCCGACGAGUUGACCCGUCACUACCGCAAACACACCGGCCACCGACCCUUUCAGUGUCAUAUGUGCGAGAGAGCGUUCUCCAGAUCGGACCACCUAGCCCUGCACAUGAAGAGACACAUCUGAGCAGCAACACCCCACACACACACAUACACACAGACUGCCUUUAAAAAGUUAGAAUAUUUACAAACAAAAAAGUGUUUCUCAAAACCAAAGGCAAUUAUUUAAUAACAUACCAAGGAUGGACACUUCAUUGGGGAUUUGUAGCUGGAACUACCGCCCUGUAAAUGGGCAGCGAAGAAGAAACAAGAGGCAGUGGGCAAAUUGGAACAGGCGAUGGAGAGACAUUGGGAUGGGGAAACUCCAUCCUUAGACACUGGGCACAGUAACUGUUUAUGAAGACAAGUGUCCCUCGUGACUCACUGCGUAGAAGAAUGAUUUUAGUGACAGGGUCAAAUGUAUACAGUUUACAUUGGCGCUAUGUUUGUGUUCGAUGCCAGACAAAACAAGUCCUGCCAUUUGUUUUAAAAAAAAAGAACACGGGACGAGGUUACACAGAGAAAGUUGCCGGAGCCUUUUUUUUGGCGCUUUCUAGUAACUGAGAGAAUUCAGUCGAUGUACGGAACGCGGCUAGUUAACACUGCCCACAGUUGUAGCCUUGUAUUCAGUAAGCUUCGAAUCGAAUCAAUAUCUUUGUUAUUAUUGUGUCCGCUUUUUCUAAACAAAAAAUUUGAGUUGAGUGGACCCGCCGAUGGGUCCGAGCGAAUGUUGCGUUUUUCUGACCGACGACAACCGGCUGAUGGUCCCCCCCCUUCCUCCUCCAGACCUCAACCGGUGAAAAGCACAGAGAGAUCCCACAGCAACUGAGGUGCAAUAAUUCACAUGCAAUGUCUGUCCCAUCUCGGAGUUACACUAGACAAGGCUAGAUGUCUUGUAGUUAAUAAUUGUAUUUUAUCUGACUUGAUCUUGAAGUAAAUGUAUAUAAUAUUUUGUAAUAAAAGUUAUUGUAUUAUGUAAAUAUAAAGGAACUGGAUGAAUUUCAAA